AUGAAACCACCAUCUACCAUUUACUACUUGCCAUCUUGGCUAGCACUCUUCUCGAGUGCGUUCUCUGAAACGCCACCUGGGCCCAAUGCCAUUCGACUUUCCAAUGUCCAGACUCUCACUUUACACGCACAUCGAAUGACUUGGUACCGCCGUGUGUCACCUAUACAUCAAUUGAAAUGCGUUGGUCCGUCUUCAGUCUGCAGAUUAUAUGAGGUUGAUUCGAUGCGCUGCACAAACCAAGGCUACGACUACGACGAAGAAGACAUUCAAUGGACCUGUACUGCCUCUCUCCCACCAGAGUUCAAACUUGGUUCUACAGACGUGAUAUGCGAGGGCUACAGAGAUGCUGAAGAUAAGUGGGUGCUUAAAGGUAGCUGUGGAGUUGAAUAUCGCCUCCUGUUGACAGAAAAGGGAGAAGAACGAUAUGGACGCCGCCUUAGGUAUACUUCUAAAUCGUCGUCGACGACGGCGAGUGAAUCUGAGAACGACUGGCUUGCUACGUAUUUGUUUGCAUUUAUUUUCAUCUGUAUCGCGGUGGUCAUACUAUAUUUCGUCUGUUAUGGUGAAAAUGGUCGUGGUAAUCGUCCUGGGCAGAGAGGGAAUAACAAUCGAGGUGGAGGAGAUGACGAUGACCCACCUCCUCCAUACGAUUAUCAAUAUCAGUCCCAACGCAAACGAUCCGGGUCAGGCCCGGGAUUUUGGACAGGCGCUGCAGCUGGAUCAGCAGCCGGCUACACAAUGGGUCGCAGGCACAACCGACAACAAGCUGAGCGAGAGACAAACGCAGGGACGUCAUCCAGCUCAAGACGCUACGAUCUAGAUAGGGACGAGCCAAGACCAUCACGGAACUUCUCCCCUACAAGGGUCAACACUGGAUUUGGGUCUACAAGGCGACGAUAA